GACUCAAUGGUAGGGGUAUGACUAGUUUGGGCCCGCGAGCGCGACGCACGCGUGCCGCUAUAGCCGCGCGGCGGCGCGUCUCCAGACCCAUGUCCGCUUUUACCGCCCGCCGCAGUUCUUUUUGGUACCGAGCUGACACCGGACGAGAGGGGGCUUCAAUUCCCACUCGAACAUCACAUGCUGCACUGUGUCAAGGAGCUCUCGUCGCCUUGCAACCCAUUGGUCCAAGAGCUUACCAUGCGCGUCGUGCAUGCAAUCGAGGCGUCGUCGGCGCACGAGGUCGUCCACAUCCAAACCGAUUUUGUCCUAACGGCCACUGACGACCUUGUUCUCGUGCGUGUUGCCGAGAUUGUCUACGCUUCGGACGUUUGCAACCCACUCCAACGACCGACGCCGGCGGUCGCAUCCAAGUCUGCCGCCUUGCCUCGACGGCCCUUCUCGUGUCCUGGCGCAUUUUGUAUGGACCAUCCGCCGGACACGAUUGCAAAAGUCGACGACGAGACAACAACGUAUGCCGUGACCAAAAAGUCCAUUGUGUGGGCCGACCACGAGUCGCAUCUGCUCUUGCGCGCCCAAGGCACAACGACCAUGUUCCAGUCCAGCGCAACCAACCAAGCGCUCGUGACGGCCCUCGCCCAGUCAUAUACCUCGAUCGAGAAGAUUGAAUCCAUCGAGAAGCUCCUCACGCGACGCAACACGGUACUGGAGCAGCUCCAGUGGUUCUCCAAGCACGGACCCGCGCUGGAAACCACGCUGCCCAUGGAGGAUCUCUACAACAGCGUGCAAGUCUGCGCCGACUGCUGCACCAUGUACCAAAAGCUGGAUGAUGCUCGGCGUCACCGCAGCAGUCGACCGCGCAAGGAGCCCAACGACGUUACUGCCGCGAGCGCUCGUGUGUUGGAGCUAGCGACGCCCAAGCAUCGACCUAAAUCAAGCGGGGCCUUGUCAUUCGAGAAGCCGCGUAAUCGCCCACGGCUUUCCAAAUGCCUGAGCGGUCCAGCACCGUUUUGGCGGCCGCCAGACGAGUCGCCACCUCCGAGCUGCAGCACAACCCCUCUACCCACUCAGUUCUGAAAUGC